GAAGGGGAAAAUCCCACGGGUCGGAAGUUCGCCUAGUCGCCUACCGUGCCACAAGGACGAAGAAUUCCACGCAUGGUGGGUUCGCCCCGCCUGCGCACUCGCCCAUGUCUCACGCGCCGCACCGCGGAAGAGGACGCGCCGAUUAGUCCUCCUAUUUAGGCACCGUCUUUUGUCCCCGUCCGCGCCGAACCGAUGCACCAUGAGCUCCCCCAUGGUGCGCCGCGCAAUCGUCUUGUCACUAUUAUUCGCCGGCCUCGGUUUCUUGCCCUACUGCCGUGGCGCCGCGGAGGCGCCGGCCUACGUCACCGUCUCCGCCGCCAGCUUUACGCCGGGCUCAACGUGCAACGCCCCCGAUGACCGAGUUGGGCCACAGCGCAACGGCACGUCGGCCGUGCUGCGGCUGACGCACCGGCACGGGCCGUGCGCCCCCUCGCGGACGUCCUCGCUGGCGACCCCGUCGGUCGCUGACACACUGCGCGCGGACCAGCGGCGCGCGGAGUACAUACUAAGGAGGGUGUCGGGUGCCGGCGGGCAGCAGCUGUGGGGUUCCAAGGCGGCGGCGACGGUGCCGGCGAACUGGGGGUACAACAUCGGCUCGCUGAACUACGUGGUGACGGUGAGCCUCGGCACGCCGGGCGUGACGCAGACGCUGGAAGUGGACACCGGCAGCGACCUGUCGUGGGUGCAGUGCAAGCCAUGCGCCGCGUCGUCGUGCUACAGCCAGAAGGACCCACUCUUCGACCCCACCCAGACGUCGUCCUACGCCGCCGUGCCGUGUGGCGGGUCCGCGUGCGCCGGGCUGGGCAUCUACGCGGACGGCUGCUCGGGGGCGCAGUGCGGGUACGUGAUCAGCUACGGCGACGGGUCCAACACCACGGGCGUGUACAGCUCCGAUACGCUGACGCUGACGGCAAAGGACGCGGUGGAGGGGUUCUUCUUCGGCUGCGGCCACGCGCAGAACGGGCUGUUCAGCGGCAUCGACGGGCUCCUCGGCCUCGGUCGCCAGGAGCUGUCGCUGGUGGAGCAGACGGCGGGCACCUACGGCGGGGUCUUCUCGUACUGCCUCCCGACGACGCCGACUAGCACGGGUUAUCUGACGCUGGGCAGGCCGAGCGGCGCGCCGGGCUUCUCCACGACGCAGCUGCUGUCGUCGCCGAGCGCGCCGACGUACUACAUCGUGAUGCUGACGGGCAUCAGCGUCGGCGGGCAGCAGCUGAGCGUGCCGGCUUCCGUGUUCGCGGGGGGCACGGUGGUGGACUCCGGCACCGUCAUCACGCGCCUUCCCCCCACGGCCUACGCCGCGCUGCGGUCCGCGUUCAGCAGCGGCAUGGCGUCGUACGGGUACCCGGCCGCGCCGCCGAACGGGAUCCUGGACACGUGCUACAACUUCACCGGGUACGGCAGCGCGACGCUGCCGACCGUGGCGCUCGCGUUCAGCGGCGGCGCGACCGUGACGCUGGGCGCCGACGGGAUCCUGUCGUUCGGGUGCCUCGCGUUCGCUGCCAGCAGCGGCGGCGACGGCGGUAUGGCCAUCCUCGGGAACGUGCAGCAGCGCUCGUUCGAGGUGCGCAUCGACGGCGUCUCCGUCGGGUUCAAGCCCAGCUCCUGCUGAUCCAUUCAUCGCUUAACUGGUGACGUACAGGAUGGUAUAGAAGAUACGUACAUACAUAGUAUACAUGACAGCAUCAUACACGGUUGUGUAUAAAGUUCUUUUGUUGGUGGAAUAAAGUGGCUAACCAGAGACGUGCACGUGUUGACACCUGACACGUUCCAUUUGAUUC